GGAAGGGGAGAGCAUCAGACUCUAGCCUUCAGACCCUCUACUGUCCUUAUCCUGCACAUAGUCGCUGGAGCUGGAACGGGCGGCAGCACCAUGGACCUGCUGCACGGUUCCGGUGUGGAUCUGGCCGUCCACCUGCAGGCCCAAUGCCGUGACUAUGAGAGCUGGUUCCACCUGGCUUCCAUGGUGGCAGACCUGCACACCGCCUACUUCAUCCUCUUUCCUGUCUGGUUCCAUCUGCGGCGUGAGGUGGGCAUCAAGCUGAUAUGGGUGGCUGUCAUUGGAGACUGGCUCAAUUUGGUCCUCAAGUGGGUUCUGUCUGGGGAGAGACCAUACUGGUGGGUUCAUGAAACACCGUAUUAUGGGUCAUUGCAAGUGCCUGUCUUAGAACAGUUCCCCAUCACAUGCGAAACUGGGCCAGGUAGUCCCUCAGGCCAUGCCAUGGGCUCUGCUGGGGUUUGGUAUAUUAUGGUCACAGCUGUCCUCUCCAUUGCUGCAGAGAAGAAUUGUUCUGCAGUAUUGACAGGGCUUAUGCGCUUGGUACUAUGGAUGGUGUUCUGGUCUGUGGAGCUCCUGGUCUGUAUGUCUCGGGUGUAUAUGGCUGCGCACUUCCCCCACCAGGUCAUCAUAGGGGUCAUCUCAGGUAUGAUGGUGGCUGAAAUCUUCACCAGAGUGCAGUGGAUCUACAGCGCCAGUCUGAAGAAGUACGUCUACAUCACCCUGUUCCUGCUCAGCUUUGCUGUGGGUUUCUACGUGCUGCUGAAGUUGCUGGGUGUGGAUCUGCUCUGGACCCUGGAGAAAGCAAAGAAGUGGUGCGUCCGUUCUGAGUGGGUCCACAUGGAUUCAACACCCUUCGCCAGCCUGUUGCGCAACAUGGGCACUUUGUUCGGCCUGGGCCUGGGCCUGCACUCUCCCCUCUACACCGAGAGCAAAAAGGGCACCAGCGCCACCUUCAGGGGUGGCUGUAUCAUUGCCUCCCUGGUGCUGCUGCAGCUCCUAGACUGUCUGAACUUCUCCUCUGAUAAUGAGACAUGGUACUACUUGUUGUCCUUCUGCAAGAGCACUACCGCCCCCCUCAUCACCACCUCUCUCGUGCCUGGUUUUCUUGCCCACCUGUUUCGUUCAAAGAAAUGCAAAAAAUAUUGAAGACUAAUGGGAUGAGAUGCCAUUCCUCUUCCAGAUUCUACCAUUGAGUUCUCCAUAUCUGUCCCCAGCUCUGAGACUCAGAGUGCUGGGUGAUUUUGUGGUACAUGUGUUUUAACUGGAGCAUAGAAUGAGUGAAAGCUCACACAUAAAAUGCAAGUUGCCAUGUUAGCAUGCUUCAAAGCAGUCCAAUGCUCUGAGAAUUGCCCUCGGAGAUUGUACUGUAAUAGGGGAUGGCAUGCCUAUUCAACAGUUGAAGCUCAGAGAAACACCUUCCAGUGACUUGGACCUGCUGGCUGCUUUUGUUGCUGCUUUUGUAACAGAAACUGAAAAAUUGAAACUGAAGUUCUGGCAGAAUGCACUGAAGGACCAGGACACUUGUUAUCUUCUUAUUAGGAACUCCCUCAGGUGAGUUCUGUUUGCUCUGGGUGCUUUUUAGAACUGACCCUGGCUUCUGUUGACAAAUUUCCUGUGUUUAUAUAAUCUCUUACUUGCUCAUUUACAAUAAA